CUCUGAGCAUGUCCCUCCUGUUUUGAAGAAAGGAAAUUCACAUCAAAGGUAAACUGAUAAUCGUUUGAUGAUAAAUUAUGUGAUAUGUUGCUGAUUUGAUUGACCUGAGAUUUUUUAAAUGAUAUGGAGACAUCAUUAGCCUCGUCAUUAUUCUUGUCGUUUGAUUUUCUUUUUGGUGUAAUAUUUCUUGCUUUCUAUUCACAGAUAUUGUAAUAAUGAGUGGAUUAAAGAAAACUGUUUUUCGUGACGAGUAGACACUGAAACCCGAAUUUAUUGGGAUUCAAAAAGGCAAAGUGAAGACAGAGGCUUACUGUACUAUAUGUAAAAAGGUUCUACAAUUAAGUAAUAUGGGUAUAAUGUCUUUAAAAAGUCACGUAAAGUCGGGAACCAAACAUAACAAGCUAAUGUUGGAUGUAAAAAAAUCUGCAAACAUGCAUUUCUUUACAACAGCGAAGGAUUCUUGUUCUUCUACAUUACAUGUAGAUACUGAUAACUCGGUUUUGAAGCAAAAAACGAAUGAACAGUCUGUUCCAACUCAUUCAGAGACGCAAUUCAUAUCGGGUCUUGCUGGCACUGCCUCGCACUCAGAAACGACUUCUCUUGCUAAUAGUUGCAUUGACAAAUAUUUCUUUAAAGAUGAUGUUACUAGAGCUGAAAUUUUGUGGUGUCUCCAAACUAUCGAAAAUCAUGCAUCUAUUUCAUCGGCAGGAAAACAAUCCUCUCUGUUUCCACUUAUGUUCCCAGAUAGUAGAAUAGCAUCCUCCUUGUGUCUAGCUCGUACAAAGCUAUCAUAUGGGAUAGUUUUUGGUCUGGCGCCCUAUUUUAAUAGAAAAGUUCUUGACGCUGUUUGUAACUGUGGUCCAUUUGUAGUUUCUUUUGAUGAAAGCUUAAAUAAAAUGACACAAACCCAACAAAUGGAUAUUGCUUUGAGAUUCUGGAAUAAUAAUAGUAAUCAAGUAGAAACACACUAUUUUUCUUCUGCUUUUUUUGGCCACGCUCGUGCUAAGGAUUAUUAA